AUGGGUUCUUGGAAAAGAAUAAAAGUUCAGCAAUUAUCAGAAGCCGAGUCUUGGGGCCUCUUCGUUGAAGUAGUUGGUGAACAUGUUGCUGCCGAUAAUAUAAAAUGUUCUGUUAGAAAAAUUGUUGAAAGGUGUAAGGGUCUUCCCCUCGCAAUUGUCACUGUUGCUCGUGCAAUGACAAAUCAACAUGGAGUUGGGGUGUGGAAGAAUACUGCAAGGGAAAUAGAGCAAUCAACGACAGAGCUCCGAGGUAUGAUAGAUGAAGUACUAGUUCCUUUAAAGUUCAGUUUUGAUAGAUUGAAGAAUGAUAUGCUUAGGAGUCUAUUUCUUUAUUAUGCUUGUUUCCCUGAAAACAAUAACAUAGGGGAAUAUGAGAUUUUAAAUUAUUGCAUUAGAGAAGGAUUAGCAGAUAAAUUAGGGAGUUUGAAAGCUGCAAGGAAUAAAGUUGAGGAUCUGAUUGAGAGCUUGAAAAUUGCUAACAUGUUGGAAGAUAGAGAGUAUAAAGGUAGUGCGAGGAUGCAUGAUAUGAUGCGAGAGCUUGCACAUUGGAUUACUUCUUCAGAGUACUUGGAUAGUAGCCCCAAGUUCUUGAUAAGGACUGGUAAAUCAGUUAAAGAGGCACCACAGCCUCUUGAGUGGGUAGAUACAACAACGAUUUCUCUAAUAGAUACCAUAAUAAAGGAGUUGCCAGUGUUGGGAGAGACAUGCCGAAAACUAACCACUUUGCUAUUGAGGAGCAAUCUUCGGGUGCUUAGGCUACAAAGGUGUGCAAGUUUGAGAGCGUUGCCUGAACUUGGAAUGCUUCAACUCCAAAUUUUAGAUUUAAAUUUUUGUGAAAAGUUAGAUCAGCAAAUCCUUGGAUCUGAAUGUGUGGGAAGUGAAAGCAAUUUAAGGUACUUGGAUUUGGAAAGGACCAACGUUUCUAUUCCAGUGGGGAUGAAGGACUUGGAGCUGAGGCAUUGCAGAGUAAUGAAACAAGACAAUCUACUAGCUCUCAAUGAAUCUCAAAAUCUACAAUUAUUAAGUAUUGUGGGUUGUCCAGGUCUGACAUGUGUGCCUAUUGAUGUUAAAGAGACUGUUAUGAUAAUGGGUUGUGAGGAGUUGGAGAAGGUGUUUGAUGAAGAGGACAUCUACCAAGGGUCAUCCUCUAUUAAGGAAUUAAUCCUGGAAAGAUUACCCAAAUUGGAAAAGUUAUAUGUUGGUCUUCCACCACUAAAUUGCUUUGGUCAACUAUCAUGGAUACAUAUACAGUAUUGCAAUAGAUUGAAGAUGGUCUUCACCAAGGGAAUGCCAUGUCUCUACAACUUGGAGACAAUGUUAGUUUCUGGUUGUGAAAGAAUGGAAGUAAUAAUUGAAGCAGAGGAAGAAAUUGGGGAGGAGUUGGAAGGGAAGAGUAAUAUUGAUAAUGGAGGAGUAGUCAUCUCACCCUUCCCAAAACUGAUGUCUUUAGUUCUACUUGACCUACCAACACUAGCUGACUUGUGUAGCAACCACAUCUUGCCUUGCAUUGCCCUCUUAUAA